UUUUAAUUCCGGGGUACGCCACUGCUGAACUGCGUGUCCGGAUCAGACCUAGAUGCGGAACAAUUGCACGUUAUGAAGAGCCGGCCCGUCAGUGUUACAGCCAAGGGGCGAACAGGGGGAGUAUAAAGUCUAGCAAUCUCCGAGAACGGACCAGAUUAAGGCAUUGGAAUAGUCGUUUACUGUGAACGUCUCACUUCAACUACCAUCAUGACGGGAUUCCACCGUCUCCUCGCUCUCGCCUGCCUCUUCUACGUUGCUAUUGCUGGCCCUGCAGUCCGGCGUGACCCCCUGGCCAUCAACACCUCCAUCAGCCUCGCACGCAGCAAAAAGCAAACCAGCCCAUCCAAAGGCUCCCUCGUUGUCGACGCCUCAGGCCAACACGCAAACAGCUACACCACCAUCAGCGCCGCCGUCCUAGCCCUGCAGCCCAACACCACAACCCCGCAAUCAAUCUUCAUCUACCCGGGCACCUACAACGAACAAGUCUACAUCGGCCCCCUCACCAGCCUCCUAACAAUCCAAGGCUACACCCCAAACACCUACGCCUACACCUCCAACCUCGUCUCCCUAACCUACAACCUCUCGCGCAACACCCCGGGCCUCGCUAACAACGAUGCAACCUCCACCCUCCGCCUCUGGUCCCCAAACACCAAAAUCUACAACCUAAACAUCACAAACUCGUUCGGCCAAGCAGCCAAAAACGGUCAGGCCCUCGCCCUCAGCGCUCAGGCCUCAAACCAAUCCUUCUACGCCUGCGCCUUCGCCGGCUACCAAGACACCAUCUACGCAAACGAAGGCCGCCAGCUCUACGCACGCUCCUACAUCGCCGGCGCAGUAGAUUUCAUCUUCGGCCUGCGUGCGCGCGCCUGGUUCCACGCCGCCGACAUUUCCGUCGUAGGCACCGGGUUCAUCACAGCGAAUGGCCGCGACGCCGCGAACAACACAUCGUUCUACGUCUUCAACGAGGCGCGCGUCACAGGCGCGACGCCAAAUUCUACCGUCCUCGGCAGGCCGUGGCGCACCUUCUCCCGCGUGGUGUUCCAGCGCAGUUUUCUGGGCGAUGUGGUCAAGGCUGUGGGCUGGGAGAGGUGGGAUGAUGUGCAGAGUACGGAUGAUGUGUACUAUGGGGAGUACAAGAAUUAUGGCCCCGGUGCGGCGGGGGCAGGCGUGAGGGCAAACUUUUCUAGACAGUUGACGCAGAGGGUCAGUGAGGAGGAGGUGCUGGGUGAGGGGUUCAGGGCGGAGGCGUGGGUCGAUACGGCGUUUUUGACGUGAUUGGGAUGAGGAUGGUGGGGGAGGGGGGAAAGGGGAGUGAUACACAUGUCGGUGUGUCUGUUUGUAUUUUUAUCUGAACAUAUAAUUUUGCAGGUUCCAAGUAAAACAUGUCUGGGGAGAAAAUUUUGUUUGCUCUCGCUGUCUCACUUUUGGCUCUGGCUUAUCAUUUCAUUCAAUUCUACUACCAAUCUGUCCC